AUGGAUCCUCCGCCAGCCCAUGAACGCGCACGGCAGCGCUCUACAAGACUUGCCGAGAUUGAAGCCGCGUUAGCAGACGUCCAAGCCGCCCCCCAGCCGCCCGCCGCCGCCCCCCAAGCAGCCGAAGAGCGCCUUCGAUGGAAGGCGGACGAGUACCUGGCAGCGGCCGUCCCCUGCUGGACGCCCAUGCCGCAGGAGGACAUCCACGACCUCCUCACCUUCCUCGGUGCCACCGACGACCGCACGCGCCAGCAGACCCUCCACAACUGGAACGGGUCCGCCGACUUGCUCCUCGGCCCCGGCGUCCAUGUUAUCGGCAGGAAGCCGUGCGCGGGCGACGGCGUGUACACGGUCGACAUCCCGCACUCCGACCUCGCCAUCCGCAUGUGGGACGGGGGCAUGGAGGCGUACCGCCAGUUCUGCCUCGACUUCUUCGACACGCGCGCCCGGCGGCCCGUCAACAUGCCCCGCGGGUUCGAGCUCUGGCCGUCCCCCGCGAACAUGCCCGGGGUGUACACGAUGGCGGGCCCGCUAGGCUCGCUCGAGAGGGGCUUUGGGAUGAAGCCGGGGGAGGUGCCGCAGGGCGAGGAGAAGUUCUGCGUGCUCGAGGGCUCGUAUGUCACCCUCGUGAGGAGGGAUCGUCCGCUGGAACCGUUUGCGUUUGCGGUACCUGUGCGGCAGCGGGAGAUGCCCGCGGGGAUUGUGCAGCCGCGGUUCCGGGUCGUGCAGUGA